GUGGCGGGCAUUGAAACGAUGGAAGUCUACAAAGCACUCUGUUUGGUGACUCUACUAGUUGCCCUCUUUUCAAAAGUGUCUCACUCUCAGUUGGAUGAGUGUGGAAUCUCUCCUCUCAACACUAGGAUCGUGGGGGGUCAGGACGCUCCUCCAGGGAGUUGGCCAUGGCAGGCCAGUCUGCAGAGAUCUGGCAGCCAUUUUUGUGGGGGAUCCCUUAUUAACAAAGAGUGGGUGCUGACUGCUGCUCACUGCUUUACCCGCACCAGUAUAACAAAUUUGGUGGUCUACCUGGGUCGUCAGAACCAGCAGGGAACCAGCCCUAAUGAAGUGAGCCGUACGGUCACUCAGAUCAUCUGCCACCCCAACUACAGCAGUAGUACCAGUGACAACGACAUGUGUCUGCUGAAGCUCUCCUCCUCUGUGACUUUUACCAACUACAUCCGGCCAGUCUGCCUAGCUGCACCAGGCAGCUCCUUCUAUGCUGGCACUACUAGCUGGGUCACAGGCUGGGGCACCCUCAGCAGUGGAGGAUCUCUAUCACAGGUCCUACAGGAGGUGGAUUUGCCAGUAGUGGGAAACAGGCAGUGUAACUGUAAUUAUGGAGCUGGCUCCAUCACUGACAACAUGAUCUGUGCUGGUCUAUCAGCAGGAGGAAAGGAUUCCUGUCAGGGGGACUCAGGAGGUCCACUUGUGAGCAAACAGGGUACUCGCUGGAUCCAGUCUGGCGUUGUGAGUUUUGGCAACGGCUGUGCUCUGGCAAAUUUCCCAGGUGUGUACGCCAGAGUUUCCCAGUACCAGACCUGGAUCAACAGCCAGAUUACCAGUGACCAACCAGGCUUCAUGACCUUCUCAUCCAGUGGGACUGACUCUGACCUCAGUGUCACCUGCACCACCACCACCCCCCCUACUACCACACCCGCACCUGUGGUGUGUGGCAGCGCUAGCGCCUCUUUGAACUCCCGUAUUGGUGGGGGAAGCUCGUUGGCGACAGCAGGCUUGUGGCCCUGGAUAGCCAGCCUACAGAAGAACGGAGCACACGUGUGCGGGGGCACGUUAGUGGCAGUGGACUCUGUCAUGAGCGACGCUAGCUGCUUCUCCAGCCAGCCCAACACCGCUCAAUGGACCGUGAUCCUGGGUCGUCUGAAGCAAAAUGGUUCCAACCCUAACGAGGUAAUCCUGAACGUCAUCAACAUCACCAUGAGCAACUUGACGGGCAACAACGUGGCCAUCCUCCGACUGGCCAGCCAACCCAAGUUAUCUAACUACAUCCAGCCUAUCUGUGUGGACCAGGGAAGCAGCACCUUCAGCACAGGGACUAAGUGCUGGGUGGCUGGCUGGGGCACUGGCCAGGGUGGGGCUGAGCAAGUCCUGCAGGAGUUCCAGACCUCUGUGGUGGAAUGCGUGAAUGUUUCAUCUUCGGACAACAUUUGCACCGGACCUGUGACACUACUGCAGGGUGAUGUGGGUGGUCCUCUGAUGUGUAAGCAGGGCAACUCAUGGUUUCAGACUGCUGUGUUGACUGUCGAUAGCAGCAACGCCACAAGCAGCAACUCCACUAGCACUAGCAAAUCAAGAUGGAGCCAGAGUCCUCGCGCCUCCACCAUCCAAGUCUUCACCAAAACCUCCCGCUUUAAGAACUUCCUGGCUACCAAUUUGGGAACCCUCCUAUCCCCCGCCUCAGCUGGUGCCAGCAGUGGAGCUUCCAUGGCCCACUGCUCCUUCUCUCUCUUCCCCUUCUUCUCCCUCUCCUUUGUCCUCCUGUUGGGUUGGGAUUGACACUAAGCAACUCAACGGAAACCAUUGACAAGCCCUUUCCGUAACUUCCAACUAACCAAAAGUCAGUGACUGGCAGUGUGUCAAAGCAGAGUGUGUCAGAGUGUGUCAAAGCAGAGUGUGUUAGAGUGUGUCAAAGCCAACGUUGAACUCAGGGAGCCUUCAUCUCCGGUCACUUGAAUUAUGAAUGUUUACAACUUCCCCUUUGUUUUUCUUUACUAUGUCGAAGUCAAUCAAUAAAAUAUAUUUUUGCUGUCACAA